CUUGCCUCUCUUUUUUUUUUCAAUUAAUUGAUCUCACUUGAGGCUCCGCCACCGCCGCUGCAAGCCCUUCCCCCAGCACAAGCUAAGCGAAGCCAAGCCGCGGCGGCCGGAGCGGAGAUGCUGCAGUUCCCGGCGCUGAUGCGGCAGUGGCCGUCGCCGCCGCUGAUCCCGGCGUCCACGCUGCUGCCCGUGCCGGCCACCUCUCAGGAGGACGAGCUCCUCCUCGCCAUGGCCGAGUCCGACCUCGAUGACAAGCUGAACGAGAUCCGCAAGACCAACAGCAACCUGGUUUUCAUCGGCAAGCCCGCCGGCGACGCCAAGGAGGAGUACGAUGCCGAGGCGGAGGAGGAAGACGCCGACAAUAUCGAGGAAUCCGACGGCGACGACUUCGACCAGGAGACCGGCUGACCCGCCCGCGUCUGGGAGCGUCGCCGUAUCGACUGCCCAGUCUGUAUUUCGCGAUCCCUGAUUCGCUCCUACUAUCUCAAUGUGUUGUGUUACCCUAUUUAGCUUCUGAAUGUUUCAAGGAUUUGAAAAAAGUCCCUUGUUACGUGGACCAUAUGUACGAGAUUGGAGUAUUAAUGCUACUGCGUCUAACCUAAAUGCAGAGAUUAGUUUUCCUGA